AACAAUAUUUGCGACAUAUUAAAUUAAUUUUAAUAUCAAUUUAUUUACUUGACGUCAGUAAAUAAGUCCAACGGAAACAGUUACGAUGAAAAUUAAUAGCCGAACUAAGAUUGUGGGAGAAAAUGUUUUAUUGGUUCCAUAUGAAGCUGUUCAUGUGCCUAAGUACCAUGGAUGGAUGAAGUCAAAAGAGCUACAAGAACUUACUGCAUCUGAGGAGCUAACUUUAGAACAAGAAUAUCAAAUGCAGGCUUCUUGGAGAGAAGAUGAAGAUAAAUGUACAUUCAUAAUUCUGGAAAAAUCUGUUUAUGAUGAGACCAAAGAUGAAGUAGAAUCAAUGAUAGGAGACACAAACAUAUUUUUGGUGGACAAUCUUGUUGGAGAAAUAGAAAUUAUGAUUGCGGAAACUGCAGCAAGACGGAAAAGAUGUGGUUGGGAAUCAGUUAUAAUGAUGUUACUUUAUGGUAUUCAAUUUAUUAAUAUAAAGGAAUAUGUAGCAAAGAUAUCCAUGAACAAUAGCAAAAGCAUUGAUUUUUUUACAAAAUUAGGUUUUGAAGAAGAAUCUAGAAGUGAGAUUUUUAAAGAAAUCACUUUUAAAAAACUAGUCAAUGAACAGUGGACCAGUUGGUUGAGGGAACAAGUAAAAAAAAUUGAAAUAAAAAACUAUUAGAAUUUUA